GAUGCCACCUCCCCCGGCUCUCCUGACUCACAGAACACCCUUUAGAAGUGGCUGAAGGCACCCGGUGCACAGACCCGCCCGCAGGCAAGCCGGCCAUGGCGGCCAAGCGCAAAGGCGGCUUGAAACUCAACGCCAUCUGCGCCAAGCUGAGCCGCCAGGUGGUGGUGGAGAAGGGAGCGGAGGCCGGCGGCCCCCCAGCCGAGGGCAGCCCCCUGCGGCCUCGGGACAAGGAGCGCAGUGGCCCUGAGUCUGGGGUGACCCGGGCCCCCCGCAGCGAAGAAGACAAGAGACGGGCGGUGAUCGAGAAGUGGGUGAAUGGGGAGUACAGCGAGGAGCCGGCGCCCGCGCCCGUGCUGGGGCGCAUCGCCCGUGAGGGCCUGGAGCUGCCGCCCGAGGGUGUCUACAUGGUCCAGCCCCAGGGCUGCAGCGACGAGGAAGACCACGCACAGGAGCCCUGCAAGGACAGCGGGGGCCUGGAGGACAAGGACGCGGAUGGACCGGCCGCAAAGGAUGAUGGUAGCUCUGGUGGCAAGCAGGCUUCAGGAGAGGCCUCCUCCCUGCGGGACUACGCGGCAUCCACCAUGACCGAGUUCCUUGGCAUGUUUGGCUACGACGACCAGAACACAAGGGAUGAGUUGGCCAGGAAGAUCAGCUUCGAGAAGCUUCACGCUGGCUCCACCCCCGAGGCGGCAGCCUCGUCCAUGCUGCCCACCUCUGAGGACGGCCUCAGCAAACGCGCCCGGUUCUCUAAGUACGAGGAGUACAUCCGCAAGCUCAAGGCCGGCGAGCAGCUCUCCUGGCCAGCCCAUGGCACCAAGGCCGAGGACCGGGUGGGCAAGGAGGGGGUGGGUCCCCUGCCCAGCCUGCGGCUCCCCAGCAACACCGCCCACCUGGAGACCAAAGCCACCAUCUUGCCCCUGCCCUCACCCAGCAGCCUCCAGAUGCAGAACUUGGUGGCCCGCGCUUCCAAGUACGACUUCUUCAUCCAGAAACUGAAGACGGGCGAGAACCUGCGGCCCCAGAACGGAAGCACCUACAAGAAGCCGUCCAAGUACGACCUAGAGAACGUCAAGUACCUGCACCUCUUCAAGCCCGGGGAGGGAAGCCCGGACAUGGGCGGGGCCAUCGCCUUCAAGACCGGCAAGGUGGGGCGGCCCUCCAAGUACGACGUCCGGGGCAUCCAGAAGCCCGGCCCCGCCAAGGGUCCGCCUGCCCCCAGCCUGGCUCCCGCACCCCUCGCCAGCAUGCCCAGCACCCCCAGUGCCCCAGGGCCGGGGCCCGAGCCACCUGCCUCCCUCUCCUUCAACACUCCCGAAUACCUGAAGUCAACCUUCUCCAAAACAGACUCCAUCACCACGGGGACCGUCUCCACUGUCAAGAACGGAUUGCCCACAGAUAAACCAGCUGUCACCGAAGAUGUAAACAUUUACCAGAAAUAUAUUGCCAGGUUCUCUGGCAGCCAGCACUGUGGCCACAUCCACUGUGCCUACCAGUACCGCGAGCACUACCACUGCCUGGACCCCGAGUGCAACUACCAGAGGUUCACGAGCAAGCAGGACGUCAUCCGGCAUUACAACAUGCACAAGAAGCGUGACAACUCCCUGCAGCAUGGGUUCAUGCGCUUCAGCCCGCUGGAUGACUGCAGCGUCUACUACCACGGCUGCCACCUCAAUGGGAAGAGCACCCACUACCACUGCAUGCAGGUGGGCUGCAACAAGGUGUACACGAGCACCUCCGACGUCAUGACCCACGAGAACUUCCACAAGAAGAACACGCAGCUCAUCAACGACGGCUUCCAGCGCUUCCGAGCCACCGAGGACUGCGGCACUGCCGACUGCCAGUUCUAUGGACAGAAAACCACGCACUUCCACUGCAGGCGCCCCGGCUGCACGUUCACCUUCAAGAACAAGUGUGACAUCGAGAAGCACAAGAGUUACCACAUCAAGGACGACGCCUACGCCAAGGACGGCUUCAAGAAGUUCUACAAGUACGAGGAGUGCAAGUAUGAGGGCUGCGUGUACAGCAAGGCCACCAACCACUUCCACUGCAUCCGCGCCGGCUGCGGCUUCACCUUCACCUCCACCAGCCAGAUGACCUCGCACAAGCGCAAGCACGAGCGCCGGCACAUCCGCUCCUCGGGCACGCUGGGGCUGCCGGCCUCGCUGCUGGGCGCCAAGGACACGGAGCAUGAGGAAUCCAGCAACGACGACCUCGUCGACUUCUCGGCCCUGAGCAGCAAGAACUCCAGCCUGAGCGCCUCCCCCACCAGCCAGCAGUCCUCCGCGUCGCUGGCCGCCGCCGCCGCCACCACCACCGCCACCCCAGAGGCCGUGCCCAGCACCACCAAGCCACCUAACAGCAAGAUCGCCGGGCUGCUGCCCCAGGGCCUGCCUGCCUCCAUCCCCCUGGCACUGGCCCUCUCCAACUCAGGCCUGCCCACCACCGCACCCUACUUCUCCCUCCUACCUGGCCGCGGGAGCACCACGCUGCCUGUGGGUGCCCCCGGUCUGCUGGGUGCCAUGUCCUCCGGGGCACCAGCCUCAGCCACUCCUGAUCCGCCAGCGCUGGUGGCCUCAGGAGCUGGAGACUCGGCCCCCGUGGCUGCCACCUCUGUCCCGGUGCCCCCUGCCUCCAUCAUGGAGAGGAUUUCUGCAAGCAAAGGCCUAAUCUCACCCAUGAUGGCCAGACUAGCUGCGGCUGCCCUCAAGCCCUCUGCCACCUUUGACCCAGGAAGCGGGCAGCAGGUCACCCCGGCCAGGUUCCCCCAGGCCCAGGUGAAGCAGGAGCCCGGUGAGAGCGCUGGCACCCCAGGCCCCCACGAAGUCUCCCAAGAUCGCAGUCUAGACCUGACUGUGAAGGAGCCCAGUAAUGAAUCAAAUGGCCACGCAGUCCCGGCAAAUUCAUCUCUUUUAUCCUCGCUUAUGAAUAAGAUGUCUCAGGCCAACCCCGGCCUCGGCAGCCUGUUGAACAUCAAGGCGGAAGCGGAGGGGAGCCCCGCUGCCGAGCCCUCACCCUUCCUGGGCAAGGCGGUGAAGACGCUGGUUCCAGACAAGCUCUCUGAGCCCUGGAAGGUGUACCUCCGAAGGUUUGGCACCAAGGACUUCUGCGAUGCCCAGUGUGACUUCCUCCACAAGGCCCAUUUCCACUGCGUGGUGGAGGAGUGUGGUGCGCUCUUCAGCACCCUGGAUGGGGCCAUCAAACAUGCAAACUUCCACUUCCGGACAGAUGGAGGCGCAGCCAAAGGAUCCACGGAGGCCUCCUUCCCAGCCUCUGCCGCCGAGACCAAACAGCCCGUGGCCCCCUCGUCCCCUCCGGCGCCCCCUGGCACCACAGGCCCGGGGUCCUCCCUGGAGGGGCCCUCUCCCAGCCCCGCCUCGGUGCCCUCCACCCCUACCCUGCUCGCCUGGAAGCAGCUGGCUUCCACCAUACCCCAGAUGCCUCAGAUCCCCGCGUCAGUGCCUCACCUGCCCGCUUCACCCCUGGCGACGACGUCUCUAGAGAGCGCCAAGCCCCAGGUCAAACCCGGGUUCCUGCAGUUCCAGGACAAGUGA